AGUAUGCGUUUGGCUCCUGUCGUGGAAGUUGAGGACGAUACCGCGGAUGACUCGCAUGCCGCUGAUGUACGAUCUCGCCACUCUGUGUCUUUCGAAGUGUCAAGAGACAACCUUCUUCCGGGAACGAAGUGGUUGAAUCAACGACAUUCCUCUGCUCGAAGCGAAGGUAGGAUCCGUGAAGAAUAUGUCCCGUCGCCAUCCGAAGAAACAGAUGGCUUGGAUGUGGAUAGCGAGUUUCCUAUUCUUCAGAGCCGGCCUGGGUCAGUUCGUCAGGGACGUCCUCACCAGAACCUUACACCUGUCAUGCGCAACUCGCCAUACCUUAGCACGCCCGGCCCACAGUCUGGAGACUUGGAUGCCGGGAAAGCCGCAGUAUCUAACUCGCCUCUAGAUAUCGAAGGCGUCGAUCUUGAGGUUUUGGACUAUCUGGCAUCAAAUCCUUUAAACCUGGAUCUACUGACAGCCAACUCUGGACACAAGUUGCCGACAAUGAGCACAUUCCCUCAUGACAUUGCUCAGUCUGUCACUGCCAGUUCCCCUGAUCUGUACAUGACUUACUAUCCCGACGCCGUUUACAAGGAUCUACACUCGCAACUUCACAACCACAUUGUUGAAACCGCGAGAAAUGUAGCUCUGACGGCUCAGGGGACCCCGGAGUUUGUGCCUCGCGCCUCACCUCAACGCUCGUCAGUCUUGCCGCUGACCUGGUCAAAAGGGAUAGGAUCUGCUCAUAACUCUCCGGGCGGCUUAAAGCUCUUGGUCAACGCACACAUAACACAGAAGCGCGCCGCUAGCCUCUGGCGAAACUACCUCGAGGAGAUUGCCCCGUGGCUGGACAUGUUUGACAACAGCAAACAUUGGCAAACGACCAUAGCUCAGAUGGCCCUACGUGUAGACUGUCUACAGUUUUCCCUUCUCGCACUCUCUGCUCGUCAACAGGAGAGGAAGAGUCUAUCGCGAUCACACACAGAGAGCUUGAACCUGUACCAAGAAGCUAUAAGACUCAUCACGGUACAACUUCCUACUCUUUACACCGAGGUCAUUGCUGCAGUCAUCCUGCUGUGCGUGCUUGAGAUGAUGAGUUCUUCGCCACGCGCUUGGGCUAAACAUCUCGAUGGCUGUGCCAUGCUCCUUGAGGUUGCUGGUAUAAACGGAGUGGUUGGCGGAGUUAGGGAGGUCCUCUUCUGGACCUUCGCGCGAAUGGAUGUGUAUAAAGCAUUCAUCAGUGACACAGUUACAAGUCUGCCGACCAACCGUUGGUUCAUCUCUACAGACUCCAUGUCUGCCGCUGUCCGCCUUUUCAAGGGUAAACCGGGCAGCGACAGUUACGCUAAUUACGCCAUAUUCCUGUGUGCUGGCGUGGUCAAUAUAUUAUCGAAUAAGGAGUCAACGCCGCUUCAAGCAGAACACAGCGCCUCAGGAACCUUUGUCUCCCGUUGGAGAGCACUAUUCGAGCUCCACGAGGGAUGGUACAAUGACAGGCCAGAUGACAUGAAGCCCUUGAUAAAUUUGUUGGUCGAGGAUGAGGAGGAGACGCAGUCAAUGUUCAGCACAAUCUUGUUCAGCACUCCCGCGGGGAUAAGUGGUAACCAGGUGUAUCAUGCGUCCAUGAUUCUGCUGUUACAACACAAACCUAAAGAAAUCCGUCUCCCAAGAUCGCCGAGAACCAUGCUGUGGCAUGCACGGCAGAUUUGUGGUAUUUCACUUUCGAACAGCGACCAUGGUGCUUUGGUCAACGCACUACAGCCCAUCUGGAUAGCAGGAAAGUUGAUGUCUUAUCGUCGUGAGCAUAAAGUUAUUUUGGACCUUCUGAAGUUCAUCGAGGAGGAGACCGGUUGGGCAACCUCGUGGCGUGCAGAGGAUCUAAAGGAGUUCUGGGGCAUUUACGAUGAACAAGCCUGAUCUGGGAUUCAUCUAUUCUUUGCAGGGCCACUAAAAAUGCUGUUCAUCAGACUUCUACGACACAGAGCGUUGUCUUUUCAAGCAGAGGGAAAAUUUCC